AUGUCAGUCACUUUCAGUAUUAAUAGUGUGAACGCCAUGGCCUCAAGUAGUGAUCAAACACAUGAGUGGCACGUCAUGUCGUAUAAUAUGGAGACAAGAGGUUUAAGAAGUCAUACAAAACGGAGACAAUUGUUGGACACAAGAAGUGAUGCCAAGACUCACAGCAAAAGUCAAGUCACGAGUGAAUCAAAUGAAUGUGAAGUCUAUCGCAAAGACUCUUUCGACCGCUUCGGCGAUGAUUUGUGUCAACACUUACUGUCUUAUUUGGCACUCGAAGACCGGUUCCGCACGGAAUGUGUGUCCAAACAGUGGCAGAGAUUCGUAUUCACGACACAUAAAGACAUGAUAUUUGACACAAGUCUUAGGCGCAGAUCCUAUGAAGUAAUCCUCGCGAAGUGCCAACACGUGACACGAAUUGAAUUCCCCGAUCAGUGGCCGUAUAUUAAUCACUUAAUACUGGACUCAGUUAUCGUGAAUUGCAAUCAUUUGAAUGCACUUCACAUGAGGUCUCACACAGACAUCAGCGUCCAAACGAUGGACACGUUUUUGGCUAAGUUUGCCAAACAGUUGAUAGCGUUUACGUACACCAAUAGCAUAGGCUUAUCGCGAAUGAUCCCAACUCUCGCUAAUAAUAUCAAGUUUUGUCACAAUCUUCGGGAACUAAAGUUGAUUUUCAAUCCAUUCGUAGUGCCAUCGAUGCUAUGCAAUGAUACAAAUGAUGUGUUGUUUAAGAGGUUACGGAGUAUUGGCUUUAAGUUCAGUACACUUCCAGAUGUUAAUAGUUUUGACAUUUUUGUCGAAAUGUACGGAAAAAGUUUGAAAUCAAUUGAUGUCGAGAUUGUUGAGAAUUGUGAUGAGAAGUCGUUGAUUACAUUAAUGACAGGUUUGUCACAAAUGAAGGCAUUGGUUGAGUUGAAAGUCGAGUUCACUGUCCACAAGAAGUCAAUACGAACUAUAUUUAUGAGACAAUUGGCAAAAAUUGGUGUCAAAUGUUGGCGAUUGAAGCGAUUGACUAUGAGUUCACGCAAUCAUCUAAAGGCGCCUGCAUUUCAAGAAUUAAUUCAAAUACUGAACAAACACUUCAAUGGUUUGACUCGUUUGCAAAUCUACGGCUAUUUCCCUCAACACUGUGUUUUGUCCAACGAUUGUCUCAAUCGCUGCAAACGAUUAACUCAUUUGUCAAUCAAUACACACCGCGACCGCCACCGAUACUGUUCACUGGAUAACUCGUUUUUAGUGAAUAUCGCACAGACUUUGCCCCGACUUCGGUGUCUGAGACUAACUCUAUUAUCAUUACGUGAUAUACCGUCGCAAUCGUUGGCAGAGCUUAAGAAUAUUGAGACCAUAAGACUGGAGACCCGAUGGGUUAGCAGUGAACAGUCUGUUCGCAAACUUCGCGAGUUGUGUCCCAAUACUAGCAUUACUGUCGAGAAAGUGAAACGUUUUCACGAUUUCAAUGAUUCCACUGAUGAAGACAGUAGUGAUGAUGAGAUUGAUGUCGUGAUCAUUGAAGACACCAGCGAUGAGUCCAGUGAUGACUCCAGUGAUGAAGGCUUUCUGCUUGACUUUGGCUCUUCAGACACAGACACAGAUGACUGA